UUUCGAAGACGCCCUCGCUUUUAUUUUGUUUAGUUUUAGCGACAGAUGUAUUUUACUCGAAUUAACUUCAAGCACAGAGUACUUUAUUAUAUAUACUUAGCACAAAUCGAGUUGACACAUCUAUAAUUAGUGUACAAAAUUUUCUCGCGAUUUACUUUAUUAUUAAAUUCAAAUUAUGUAAAAAACGUAACAGAGUGUGAGAUAUUAACGAAUUCUAAAUAAAUAAUUUUCUAUGACUAAAUUAAUAAUAAAAUAACCUAUUUACUUCAGCACUACAGACAUGUGUGAACUGUAAACUCACAUUAUUAAUUUAUUUUACUAAAUUGUAAAAGUAGUACCUAUAUCCUAUAAAAUGAAGCUUAUCACGCACAAUAUGCUUACUUCAAAAUGUUUAAAAGGUGUUACAACCGGUUAUCCACUUUCUAUAAAAGCAACGAAUGUGAAGCUGACAGAAGUAGAUUUCAACCCAGAAUUUGUCACUCGAAUAAUACCCAAAUUAGAUUGGGAAGUUCUUUGGGGUGCUGCAGAUAGUAUUGGUUAUAGUGAAGAUCUACCAAAAACGGUAGAGCCGAAAUUUGAAGAGAAUGAAGAGUUUUUAAAGAAAGCUCAUAAAGUAUUGUUGGAAAUUGAAGUUGAAGAAGGACAUCUUAUAUGCCCAGAAACAGGAAGGCAAUUUCCAAUUUCCAAAGGAAUUCCAAAUAUGUUAUUAACAGAAGCUGAAGUUCAAUAAAAUAGUAAAAUAAAACUAUUUUUUUUUUAUUUCUUUAUAAACAUCAUUUAGAAACCAUAAAUAAAUGUAAGUAUUAACGAAAUAGUGAGACAAUUGUAAACUUCAUCUAAACCACCACUAGCUAGCACAGACAAUGUAAUAUUUUCAUAAACUAUAUAGAAUAAAACUUUAGUAAUGUUUAAUGCUAAAACUAAA